UUGACAAUCAAAUUUAACAAUACACUGACGGUGACGUUUACAGUUACCAAGACAACCGCUCACUUUAUUGCACGCGCCCUAUUUGCUGCCACUCCAACGCCGUUUCCAUCUGCUCUGCACGCGGCGCUUGCACGGUCACCAUGGCAAUCCUCGCGGUAUCCUCACAAAAGCACCGCCCAUUCCUUUUCUCGUUCUGUGAUUGGUUCUGACCGAACAGCGGCAGCGAGUUGAAACAUCCUAUUGGCUCGCUGCGCUGUCUCUCAGACUUUGACUAGGACAAGCGGCGGUACACACGGAUUGCGCGGAUACUUUAGAUUUGUUUACCGAUUUGAGAGUGAAGUGUGGUGUGAAGUGAAAUCCCACUUUCUGCUUUGGCUCGGAAGGGAAUUAAAUGUCGAAUAAAAUGAAGGUUGACAUCCAGAGAAGUGAAGCAGAGCGAGUUGUGAGCAGUUAAAGCAGUUUCCAAAUGUUUGGUGUGUGUAUAACUUGACUGAGGAACAGACUGCACACUUCUGUCUUCACGUUAAAGCAUGGAAAGCAUCCCUCAGUUUCCUGAUAAAUCAGUGCUAUUGCAGGAGAUGUAGUCAGCUGUUUGGAUCUGAGGCAGCAGGACACUACAAGUGCACGUAAUUGUGAAUAAUCACACUGAAAACAAAGAGCUGAUAUCCGUAUGGAAAUGACUGCCAGUCGCUGGAGACGCGUGAACCUCCUGACUCAUUUAUUGCACAGUUGAUCAUUUUGAGGAUAUCUUUAAGCACACUCAGAAGAUGGAGACGUGUCAAGACGACUUGCUGCAGCAGCUCAGAAAACUUUCCCUGUCAGAGCAAGAAGCAAAAAUGAAGGUGGAGGAACGUGAAGCUCAGAUACAGGAUCUCCAGGACACGAUCACAGAGCUCCAUAAGGAGAUAUCCCUGAAGGACCAGGACAAACUCAGGCAGCUUCAGCAGCUCGUCCAUCUUGAAACCAGGGUCAAGGAGCUCACGCAGGAGUUACAGAGCUCAACACAGACCAUCACUCAGCUCAGACACGAGGCCAGAGACAGAGCUGCGAGCACCGGUGUGUUACACAGAGAUAUGUCUGGCGAUCAUGCAGCAGAAAGAGGAUUAGAACUGUUGAAGAGUGAGUUGACACAUCGUGACUCGUGCAUCCGGAAGCUCCAGCGAGAUCUGCUCCUGUCUCAUCAGGCCCGCGAUUCCCAGAGUGCUCAGCUGGACGUCCAGGAGCAGAGGCUGUGGGAGCUGCAGAGGGAGCUGCUGGAGAAGCAGCAGGAGCUGCAGAGAGGACACAACCGCCUCCAGCAGCUCAGCACCGAGCUCCAGAGCACGACGAGGAACGCUCAAGAGCUGCAGGGUCAGCUGCGUGAGGCGAGAACACGUCUGGUCCAGGUGGAGGCUGAGAAGGAAGCUCUGCUGGGAUCUAAACGUCUGCACGCAUCCGAGGUGGAGAAGCUCAGUGCUGAACUGUGCUCCAUACAGAGAGGAAGUGAAGAAGAGCAGGAGACUGAGAGGAAGGUCAGGGAGCUUCGGGCAGAGCUGUCAGCCACCCGGGAGGCUCAGAAGAGAGCAGAUGAACAGAUCCAGCAGCUGCAGGAGGAGGUGUCCAGGCUGAAUCUGCAGCACCAAUGCGUCAAUCAGCAACUGCAGGAGCGCAGCCUGAAGCUGCAGAAUGUACAGAAGGCCCACACCGAGCUGCAGGUUCGACACAAUGAGUGCCAGAGAGAGCUGAGGCGCAUCAGAGAGGAGCUACACAACGCCACCCUGAGGGCAGAAGAGCAGCGUCUGAAAGAAGUCCAGAUUGAUGAGCUCCAGCGGGAGGUUGACAGGAUGCUGGCCUUGCUGGAGAAAGACAGAGAGGACCUCAGUCAGGACGAGGAGGUAGAAAGACUGAAGGACGAACAGCUGCGACUCCAGGACAAGCUUGAGGAGUGUGAGGACAGUGUAGUCGCUCUGAGCCUGGAGGCGGAGUCUCUCAGACAGAAACUGCGUACCCGUGAGCAGGAAGCAGCCGACCUUUGCUGGCAGCUCAUCGUAUCCCAGGAUGCACUGCAGCGGGUGACCGAUGAGCUCAGGAACUCUCAGAGAGAGGUCAGAGAAAGGAAGGCUGAGAGAGGAGGACAGGAGCAGAGAGAGAUGGAGCUGAAGACUGAACUGAACCAGCUACAGCACCAGUAUACCAGCUGCUACUCCCAGCUGGUGGAAGAAGAAGCUCUAGUGUCCAGUCUGAGGAUUGAGCUACAGCAGGCUGAAGGACAGAGAGAGACGCUGGUGUCUCAGCUGCAUGAGCAGGAACAUCAGCUCCAUCUGCUCACAGAGAAACAUCACGCAGCUCAGCAGAAGGUGACCCGCAGAGACGACGCCGUGCUGAAGUUAACCGCUGAACUUAGUGUUGCUCAGGAAGGUCUGUCCUCCACACACAACGAGCUUGCAGGCCAGGCUGAGGAGGUCACGACUUUGGAGGAGAAAGGGAGAAGAUUACAGAAGCUUCUAAACCAGAGAGAGGAGAAGCUCGAGGAGGAAAAACGACAAAAUGUUCAGCUGCGUUUAGAAAAAGAAAAUCUCCAAACGCAGUGUGAGAGCCAGCGGGAGGCGCUGCGAGAGCUCAGUGCCGAAGUACAGCGGUGGAAGCAGGAGGCGCAGGGCCAAGGGGAGAGCCGGGAGAAGGAGGUGCUGGAGCUGAGGAGUGAGCUGCAGGAGGAACAGAGUCGCCUCCGUGAGCACAGAGCCAAUCUGGAGCGUCUGCACAGAGAGCUGGAGGAGACGCAGAGACAGCAGAGAGACGCUGAGGACGAGGUUUCCCGUAAGGAAGCGGCUCUGCGCUCUCAGGAAUCAGAGCUGACUCGGCUGAGGGCCGAUCUACUCGCGACUCAGAGACGGGUGUCAGACUCGGAGGCCCGGCUGCAGCCACUCAGCGAGUCCGUACAGCUUUACAAGCACAAAUACCAGACAUGCAUGAGCAAGAUCUCAGAGCUUGAGAGGAUGCUGAAGAGCCACGAGGACGACCGGAGGCAAAGCAGAGCUCAGGUGGUAGAGCGGGAGGAGCAGGUGGUGCGUCUGCAGGCGGAGAUCGUGGCUCUACGAGGCGAUGUGGAGGCGCGCUGCGCUCAGCUGGAUAGCGGGGACGAGGCCCUGACCGCACUGAGCCGGCGGCUGAGAGACACGCAGAGGGAGCUGGAGAUAAGCCACGCCCACACACAGGAGUGUGAGAUGGUCAUCGACACACUCCGAGACAACGUGGCCACCCUGCGACAUCAGGUGGAAGAGAAGGAGGAGGCGGCACUGAAGCUCCAGUCUGACUUCUCUCUCUACAGAGCGACUCACAUACACUCAGACUCCGACUACCAGUCCCAAAUUUGUCGCAUCCGCGAACUGGAACAGGCCCAGGAGCACUCUGGAACCUGUCACUCAGAGCUGGAGAAGCUCAAAGAGGAAGCUCAGUCACAGAAGCAGCUCAGAGAUGGCAGCCUGGCAGAGGUGCGAAGGCUGCAGGAGUUGAUGAGGAAGCUCCAGGCUGAUGCUGUGUGUGAGGCUCAGAGCAGACAGGCUGACGUAGACAUGCUGGAGCUCAGAGUCACAGAACUGGAGGAACAACUAGAGGCAGCUCGUAGGCAGUGUGUACAGAAAGAGCAGGCCGUGCAGAAAAGAGACGCGCUCCUGAGGCAGUCUGAGGCAGACCUGGUCCAGGCACGGGAUAAGAUUCGAGGCAAAGUGGCGGAGGCAGAGAGGCACGUUGCCACCAUUCAGACUCUACAGGCAGACCUGCGGCAGGCCAAGAAAGAAAAGAGAGAGAGGGAGAACGAGUGCGGCAAGCUCCGAACACAGCUGCUGCAGAUCCGUGAUGAGCUGAAGGAAGUCCGGAGCAGCUGCAGAGACAGUGUGCAAGAACUGGCUCGUCAUGAGGAGAAGGUGCUGCUUCUGGAGGGCGGGCAUCAGCGGGCACAGGAGCAGCUGGCAGAGCGAGUAGCCGAGGUGGUCAGGGCUGAACAGACCCAGAGGAGGCUGCAUGCUGAGCUCAGUAGAGUCCAGCGGAGACUGGAAUCCAGCGAACAGGAGCUCCAAGACUGCAAGACUCAGCUGGAGCAGGUGAAGCUGGAGGUGGGCAGCAGCAGACAGGUUCUGCUCAGUGCCCAGCAGGAGGCUUUACGGCUGCAGCAGGAGAACCAGGAGCUCCAGGAGGAGCUGAGCAGCACCAAAGAGACCUUAACACACAUUCAGGAGCAGCUGAAGGAACGCUCGGUCACCGCGCAGGCUCUGCGUGUGGAGCUGGAACAGGAACAGACUCGGCAGCAAGAACAACUGGACUGGGUUCACAGGACACGUCAGAGAGAGAUCAGCCUGGAAACUGAGAGAAAUCAGCUCAAAACUGACCUGGAAACAGUCAGAAACCAGCUACAGGAGCAGUUGUGUGAGCUACACAGCACCACCCUCAGGCUGCAGGAGGAAGAGGCAGAUAAGCGUACACAGCUGCAGGAGAGAGACGCUCGCAUCGAGACCUUCGGCCAAGAGUUAUCUGAGCGUAGUCAGGAGGUGACACUCUUGCAGCAGCGUCUGCUCCAGCAGGAAGAGAGAAACACAGAGCUGAGUACAGAACUGCAACAGCUGCGCAGUCACAGCCACCUCAGUCAGGACGAGACUCGGGCGCUCGAGACGCGUCUGGUGGAGUUAAGCGGCCAGCUGGGACGCGCUCAGCUCUGGGGUCAGCAGCAGCUCAUCACCCUGGAGUCCAGAGAGGAGGAACUGGUGCUCCUGAAGGUGGAGGUGGCCUCCCUUAGAGAAAACUACCACUCUAAAGUAGCUCAGUUGGAAAGCUCACACGCUGAACUGGACUCUGUAGAACAGAAGUUCAGGGCGUCUGUGAGUGAGGUGGAGGUGUUGAGGCAGGCGUUGAGCGACGCCCGGACUGACAGCUCCCGUCUGCACAGAGAGAGCGAGCUGGUGGUCACCAACGUCAACCAGUGGGUCAAAGAGCAAAAGCAGGCCAACGAGAAGCUCGGCCUCAAAAUCAGGGACCAGAGCAAGAGGAUCAUCCACCUGACAGCUGAAAAGGAUCAUCUGCAGGAGAACGUGGAGAAGCUACAGGCCGAGAUCCGGAGGUUGAGGACGGAGGUCGAUGAGCAAAGGAUGAAGGCAGAGAGAUACAAGAUCAGGAAAGUUCAGUCAUCAGCACGAGAUGCCCGUGGCGGUGAGCAGAGAGACACCUGUGGCGGUGCGUCAGGGGCGGAGCUGAGGCGUGUGUGCAGAGCUACGUCCGGCUCCUGUUUCUCUGCUGAAGGGCACUAGAGAGAAGGACCCUACGUAGGGAACAUCGCUGAACGUAUCUCACUAUCUCAGGGAUUCUCUGUGACACUCAGACUCUCCUUUAAGAAGUCAUCCAGGAUGGAUGGAGAGAAUAUCGCAAUAGAACUGAUGGAGAAUCGGCUUUGUUUACACCUCUGUUUAUUUUAGAAACCUGUUCGACUUGAAUAAAAUCACGACACCGCGAUGGACGGCGUAGGGUAAAGGACGAGGCCCUGAAAACAGGAGCAGGUUUCAUAUUUCAGAGCGUCAGGUGCCGAGUGUCAGUGUGUGUUAAUCAUCCUGAAACGUGUUGUGCUCACAGGUAAGUGACGAUACAGCAGCCGUUAUUGAGGCUUCCCUGUGUUUGUUUGCUGCCGUGAUAUUUAAUGUCAUAUUUUUUUUUUGACAUUUCGGCAUUUGUCAUAAAUUUCUCUGAGGAUUUCAGAUGAAAACUUUUUAAACCUGCAGGGAUUUGAAACCUUUAGGAAAGGAUUCGAAAAACACUGUUUUUAACCUCUCAUCUUUUUUAUAAUGCAGCACUCUGUUUCUCUGAACAUCAAUCCAACUGUGUGUUUGUGUGUGUGUGUGUGUGUGUGUGUGUGUGUGUGUGUUUGAAUGUGAAUUUGUGUGUGUAUGUGUGUGUGUGCGCAUGUGUAUAUGUAUGUGUG